GGCGCGGGGGCCGCAGCGGCCGAGGCGCCGCGCCCGCUCCAUGGAGGCCGCGGCCGAGGCCCCGGGGGCGCCCGCGGCGCUCAGCUGCUUCUCCUACAACCAGGACUGCACCUCCCUGGCAAUCGGAACCACAACUGGAUACAGACUUUUCUCCUUAAGUUCUGUGGAGCAACUGGACCAGGUCCACGAAAGCAAUGAAAUCCCAGAUGUUUACAUCGUGGAGCGUCUGUUCUCCAGCAGCCUUGUGGUUGUGGUCAGCCAUGCCAAGCCACAGCAGAUGAAUGUCUACCACUUCAAGAAAGGGACAGAGAUCUGCAACUACAGCUAUUCCAGUAAAAUCCUGUCCAUCCGGCUGAACCGGCAGAGGCUGGUGGUCUGCCUGGAAGAGUCGAUUUACAUCCAUAACAUCAAGGACAUGAAGCUUUUGAAGACUAUUCUGGAUACACCUCCCAACACAACAGGUCUGUGUGCUCUCUCCAUCAACCACGCCAACUCCUACUUGGCUUAUCCCGGCAGCGCGACCAGCGGAGAGAUCGUGCUUUACGACGGAAAUACUUUGAAAACAGCCUGCACCAUUCCUGCCCAUGACGGGCCUCUGGCCGCUCUCGCCUUCAACUCCACCGGCUCCAAAUUGGCCAGUGCUUCUGAAAAAGGCACAGUCAUUCGUGUAUUUUCCAUUCCUGGGGGGCAAAAACUCUAUGAAUUCCGGCGAGGGAUGAAAAGGUACGUGAACAUCAGCUCCCUGGUGUUCAGCAUGGAUUCCCAGUUCCUCUGUGCUUCCAGCAACACGGAGACCGUGCACAUCUUCAAACUGGAGCAUCUCACAGACAGCCGGCCAGAGGAGCCUCCAACCUGGAGUGGUUACAUGGGAAAGAUGUUCCAGGCUGCUACCAACUACCUCCCUGCCCAGGUGUCGGGCAUGAUGAGCCAGGACCGAGCCUUUGCCACCGUCCGGCUGAACGUCUCCGGACAGAGGAACAUCUGUGCCCUCUCCACGAUUCAGAAGCUGCCUCGGCUGUUGGUGACGACGUCGGAUGGACAUCUCUACAUCUAUAACCUGGACCCGCAGGACGGAGGGGAGUGUGUCUUAAUUAAAAAUCACAGUCUGCUUGGCUCAGGAAAGAUGGAGGAGAACAAAGAGAACGACCUUCAGCCUCCUCAAUCUUAUGCAGCAACCGUAGCCAGACAAAGUACAGUGCCUUCAACUUCGACCAUGCCAGGUUACUCGGAGGACGGCGGAGCCCUGCGGGGGGAGGUUAUCCCGGAGCACGAGUUUGCAACUGGACCGGUCUGUCUGGACGAUGAGAAUGAGUUUCCUCCUUGUGCAACAAAAAGACUUUUAAAAACCUCAAAACUUGUGACAAAAUGGAAUAUUCACCCCGCAGCCCACGGUAUGGCUUUGAACUCAGACAUGGUUCUGGAGAAACAGCAGUGCUCAAACCCCACAGUUUCUCCCCAUUUUGAAACCUCUUGUCUUCCCUUGACCUCAAGCAAGACUUCAGAGGCUCAGCUGUUAAAGACUGAGGAAAACCAGCUUCAGCCUGACAUAAAAUCUGUCAAACGCUGCCUGUUCAUUAAGUGGAAGGAGGGACAGAUCGGAGAGGAGAUGAGGAGCCCAAGGAGGACUCGUAAAAAGCGGCCUCACAAGAGGGGACGUGGAUGUUGCUGCUGCUGGCGCCAGGAUUGCGGAAGGAGGUUAAACCGGUUCAGACAAUUCCUGCGUGGAUGGGGUGGACUGAGCACCCCCAGGUCACUGCUGAUCUUGGGCAGGAAGGACUCAGGUGUUCCUGAGGGGGACAGGGGGCUGCAGCCAUGGCUGCUGUGCUGGAUGUGCAGGGAGGAGGCUGCAGAGCCCUCAGCCUGCAGGAUCAGAAGAUUUUGCGGGGUGGGAAGAGCAAACCCAGCUCUGGUUGCAAAACUGGCGAUUUGGGCUGUUCUCUGGUCGCCUGCCUGAGCAGCCCCCCCUGUUCUGUGGCUGUAGCAGGGAGUGAGAUUUGCAGGGGUGCUUUGGGGCAGGCAGGGCACUGCAGUUUUGGGGUAGUGCUGUGAGGUUUGGCAGAAGAAAUCCUGCAGGGUUCUGCAAGCAGCACGGCCUGUGUGCAGCUGGGGAGUGCAACCAGAGGAUCUUCCCAAAAAUGGGAUUUAGUAGGAGGGAUGAUUUCUUCCAGCAGAUUGGUCAGUGCUUUCCAGGCAUAGGUGAUCCAUCCUGCAUUUGGCUGCAGGGCCCAGAGGUGAAGGUUUUAUCAGGAGAGCCAUUUCAUUAAGUCAAGUGAGACUGCAAUCAGCUCUUCAAAGGCAGCUUCCCCUCAGUGAUACUCCAUCACUCUUAAAAACCAUCUCUUUCCCAUCAGUUUUUGGCUGCUCCAAAACGAUUUGGACAGUUUCCUGUGCUGCCAAAGGAUGCUGCUGACUGCAAGAGGGAAAAAAUCCAGGGGGAUAUACAACAGGGCAGAAAUCACAGGGUCCACACACCCCUCUGCUGCUCCAGACCACAGAUCUGGAUACAAGGAACCAGGCUGCAGAUACAGCUCUGGCUCUGGAUUAGCCCAGAUUCCUCCUGGCUGUUUGCUGAAUGGUGCUUCCCUCAUUCUCUUGUGUGGAUAUGGACACUUAAUUAUUUUAAGUGAUUAUUUUUUAACAGCUGGCUGCUAGUAGAGGAAAGGCUACAGAUUUUCCAGCGAGGCUCUACUUGUAAUUAUGUUUGAUAGGGGAUGAGGGAGUUUGGCAGAACCUGGCUCCUGCCCUUGUAGCUCAGACUGGCAUUUUGGGCAGCUGGGGUUUGCAGGAUUAAGCCCAGCUUAUCAGCACAUUAGCUGAGGUCCCUUGGGAAUUGUGCCAUCCAGUGUCAAUGCUUGUGCCUGGAAACCUGGCCAGUGAUGGUCCAGCAGCUCGUGGAGAGACAGGCCUGGGAGGAGGAGCUGGCAGAGGCCCUCUGCAGCAGGAGCUGUGGGCUUCACAUCCCUCCCAGGUCUCGUCUGGCAAGGCUGGAGCUGGGACAGGUCUGCCCAAGGCUGCCCAAGCCUCAUCCAGGAGCAGGGACAUGUUUUACCCAGGGUGUCUGUGGCAGGAGUAGCUGAGGGGAGGUGAAUCAGGGUCCUGCUGCUGCCUGUUCUUCUCUGCUCCUGCUUUACUCUUGCACUCACAGGCUUUGCUGGUGUUUAGGCUGGGCUUUCCCUCCCUUAAUCCUGUCUAACAUGUUGGAGUUUAACUCUGGGAUCCAUCCGGAGCGACGCAGGGAUGCGCAGCACAAACCUUUCCCUCCAGCCCCGCCAGAGCUGAGCUUUUGGGGAGCCCUCAGUGAGGCAAAUGCACUCCCCAAAGCCUGGCUCUGCUCAGCCCAGUGCCAGCCAGAGGCCAGGCACACUUAUCACUGAGCCAGCUGGUUCCUGUUCCCAGGACUGCAGAUUUGGGGAGGGGGAGAGCAAACAAAUAAACCUCUCACCAAUCUGCCUUUGAACGGAAAGCAAAACACUGCGGGACAUCCCCUCCCCCUGCUCCUCCCGAGGGCGUAAAACCAACUGGAAACGCUCCCUGGUGCUGGGAAAAGUAAGGCCCUUCUGUUUUGAUUU